CCCGUGCUGUGUCGUGCAGAUGCGGAACCCUCCGGUUUGCGGUGGAGCUCCCGUGUUACCGACGCAUCUGCACGCAUCCCAUUACUGAAUUUGUACGAAAACAGGGAGAGACUGAUAUAUGCUUCCGGAUGCCAUUUCGAAUAAACUAAAAGAGAGAUUCUGGACCGACGAGCCGUUUUCACCGAUCACUUGAAAGUUUGCGAUGUCCGGCUCUUUUUGUAAAAGUUUAUAUGCCUUCAGCGGGGAUCAGCAUCAGCAGGGGUUGAAGUUCGAGGCUGGAGACAUUAUCAAAAUAACGCAAGUUUUGCCUGGAGGAUGGUGGGAAGGAGAGAAGGAUGGAAUUAGAGGGUGGUUUCCUUCAAGUUACGUUCAGGUCGUGGAGAAGUCUGUCUCCAUGAGUGUGCUGCCAGGGGAGGAACCUUGCCAAAGCCCCCUGCCCAAGAACUGGACAUGCUACAUGUCCCCAGAGGGACGAAAGUACUACGUCAACACUGUAAGCAAUGAGACUACAUGGGAGAGGCCAUCCAGUGUCCCUGGAACCCCCAAAGCAUCACUUCGCCACAAAAACUCCCUACCUGCUGCAGUGAAUGGAUUUCACGGCAGCGGUGGGCCAUUGCAUCAGCCGGAGCAAUCCCACGUACUCCAGCGGAAGCCAAGCACGGAUCAACAGAGUCCCGUGUCUACGUCCUCCAGAAGACAUGAGCACGAGACUUCAGUCACACACGUCAACUCCAUAACAUUCCCCCUCCCGAUGCACAUGUCUGAACAGCAACUCCUCAAACCGGGCGAGUGGAGCUACUGCGAUUAUUUCUGGAUGGACAGAAAGGACCCACAGGGGAACACCUCCAUCACGGGCUUCGAGGUCCUACUGCACAAGCAGCUGAAGGGGAAGCAGAUGCAGAAGGAGACGGCCGAGUUCAUGAGGGAGAGGAUCAAGAUCGAGGAAGAGUAUGCCAAGAAUCUCUUGAAGCUCUCCCAGGUUCCGCUGGCUGUUCAGGAGGAAGGCACACUUGGAGAGGCCUGGGGUCAGCUGAAGAAAAGCCUGGCAGAUGAAGCCGAAGUUCACCUCAAGUUCUCCUCCAAGCUGCAGAGUGAUGUGGAAAAGCCCCUCCUUACAUUCCGAGACAACUUCAAAAAAGACAUGAAGAAGUUCGAGCACCACAUUGCCGAUCUCCGGAAACAGCUCGCCGGCCGAUUCGCUGCCGCAGAAAAGGCUCGCAAAGCGCUAGCGGAGAGGCAGAAGGACCUAGAAAUGAAGACUCAUCAGAUGGAGAUGAAACUGAGCACCAAGAUGGAGGAGGACAUCAAGAAGGCGCGCAGGAAAUCCACGCAGGCAGGGGACGAUCUGAUGCGAUGUGUUGAUCUAUAUAAUCAGUCUCAGUCUAAGUGGUUUGAAGAGAUUGUCACAACCAGUCUGGAGCUGGAGAGAUUGGAGAUGGAGCGUAUCGAGAUGAUCAGGAAACACCUCUGCCAGUACACGACACUGCGACACGAGACAGACAUGUUCAAUCAAAGUACCGUGGAGCCCGUGGACAAACUGCUGCAGGUUGUGGAUCCAGCCAAGGACAGAGAGCUGUGGGUGAAGGAGCAUAGGACAGGGGAGGUGAGACCGGUGGACAUGGUGAUAUAAACCCGAGACUGUGCCCCCGUGAAGUCGCGCACAGCGCCUCCUUUCAGGCCUGCAGCUGGAGGCACUCUGAGAAAAGCGGGGAGGUGGUGAGCGGAACCGCUGUGUCUGAGGAGUGCAGCUCUGAUGCUGUGCUGUACAGGAGAGUGCCAGAGAGCUCCUGGCAUGAAGGCUGACCAGGAACGAGCUGACGAGCUACACACAGAUCUGACAGAUCUGAGACACUUACACUCUUUGCUUUCUUCUUUCUUUCUGUACAUUUGUUCUUUUCCUUUUCUUUUUUCUCUUUCUCUCCCACCCUGUG